AUGUCUUAUCCUCCAUUCGAGUUUGGUAAAUCCCGUUAUGAUCUGAAUACGUAUUGGGGCAGAUUCUGGCAUUUUAUGAAUGUUAUUGAUCCCAGAACACUUCUUGUAUCAAAUACUAAAUUAGCUGAAUGUCAAAAAUUACUGUCUCAGCAUCAAUCUGGCACAUUAUCUUCAACUAUUACCGACAAAGAUUUAUGGGAAGCACAAAAAGUUGUACAGGCUAUGGUUCAUCCCGAUACUGGACAAAAAAUAUUUAUGCCAUUUAGAAUGGCAGAAGUAUCAAAGAAUUCGUUUUUCUUGUUCGAAGGUUAUGUUCCAUUCGGUACUCCGAUCGUUGUUGGUAUGUUGAUUCCUCAAGCGUCGCUUAGUCAAAUUAUAUUUUGGCAGUGGCUAAAUCAGAGUCAUAAUGCCGGUGUCAACUAUGCGAACAGAAAUGCUACACAAGUAAUCACAAUUACUUCUAGUAUCCAUCAUUUCUACCUUGUACUUCACAUUAAGAAUACUCCAAUAUCAAAAUUUGCUAUCGGAUAUUUAACUGCAGUGACAUCGGCUGUAUCAAUUGCGGUUGGAUUAACUUUAUUAAUUCGUCGAGCAAAAUCUUUAUCACCGGGUUUGAAAACUGUUGUUCAACGUUUUGUACCAUUGCCAGCUGUUGCUUGUGCGAGUACUUGUAACGUUGUGUUUAUGAGAUUUCAUGAAUUAUUUGAUGGAAUUGAAGUUAUUGAUCAAAACAAUAAUCCUGUUGGUGUCUCAAAAAUAGCAGCAAAAAAUGCACUAAAGGAGAUGGCAAUGACUCGAGCAUUUUUACCUGUUCCAAUAUUAUUUUUUCCGCCUAUUAUUAUGAUGGCAUUCGAAAAAAAUUUAUUACGUCGUAUACCACGUUUGAAUUUACCGCUGAACGUGUUAGCGUGUACUUUAUCAUUUGGAUUAGCCUUACCGUUAUCAAUUAGUCUGUUCCCACAAAAAUCUAAAAUUUUAACGCGUGAUUUAGAAAGUAAUAUACAAUCAAAAACGAAUUUAGAAUAUUUGUACUACAAUAAAGGACUGUGA